AUUUGCAAACCAGCCUAAUACCGUAGAAGAAGAAUAUAGCUUCCUCUCUGUUACUGUUAUGUCAUUCACUGUAACUGGUCGGUCACGUUCUACACCUGAAGAUUGAAAUUUAACGAGGCAACAGUUAGCCGGUUAAGCUAACAGAUACCGGACAUAAUGCUCUCUCGUAUGUUAGCGUACCUUAUCAACAACCUCCAUGUCGUUGACAAGUUGGCUGAGUCCCGUCCAAUUCGUAGGGCGGCCCAGAUCACAGCGUACGCCAUCACUAAAGCUCAGAUUGUUGGUCGGGACACCUCAGAGCGGGUCCUGCGGUCCCAGACGCUGCGGCAGGUCCGGGAAGAGGCCGGCAGAGUCCCCGGUAACCUGGAAGAGAUGAAUGGCCGCCUCAAGAGAGUCCGAGAAACAUUUGUAAAUGAAGUCAAGGAGGGAUGGAAGGACGGCUCCAGGCAAAUCAAGAAAUAAGGAGGACAGAAUGUUUGUAGUGUUAAAGUGACUGUUAGCAACAUCUGAUAUCUUUAAGCCUUAAUUCUUGAAGUGUGGGAGGCAAGCAGAAUGACUUACGAACAAUCUGCUUCAGCAAUGCACACAAACAGCCUGACGGUGGCCCCAGCUGUCAGAGUGGCUGGUUGGUAAUAAUGUGAAUAAAAAGUACUUUAUGAUGAACUGCAGCCAAGGAAAUACAAUAACUCCUUGUACAUUGCUGAUGAAAAUUCAAAGUGAGUUUAGACUCUUUUGGCUUGCAGGGAAACAAGGGGAAAUUGUUUAAUUGAUGUGAAUAGACUGAGUGGAGCUUCAAAUUUAGUUGGCAUUUAAUAAAAACAAACAUUGGAACCAACUUUUAUAAAGGACUUCUUUACAUAAAUCAAAGAACAUUUUUUUUAAAUUUUCUUCCAUGUGCAAUAAUGUAUCCGUGACACUGAUCCUGCCAAAGAGCUUUUAUAGCUCUCUACUUGUAAUAUUGGAAAAAGAAAAAUGUACAUAUAUAUAGAAUAUGAAUUUACCAGUUGUGACUAUAUGAAUAAAAUUAUUUAUUAUA